AUGAAGCCGGUUUUGUUGAAGGAAGAAAUAAAUAGAAAUUUAAGGUUGCCUGUUACAAAUUAUGGAUACACGGUUCCAUCUCUUCGACGUGAAACAGGGGAAUUUGCUGUUACACGACGGAGGGAAGGUCCUAUUCCUGUUGUAGAUAAUAAUGUUCAUACCCGAGACACAAAUCUUUGGAAAAACGUGAAGCUUAGAAGUUUAAUCGAUCAAGUGAACGUUAACGUGAGGAAAUGCCUGCUUAAAGCGGCACGGAUCUACGUAGCAAACAGUGUUAUGCAUCAUUAA